AUGCCCACGACCAACUCAAGGCCCGUCGUCGCCAUGGAUCCCACCACGACGGAGCACGAUUAUCGCUUCCCGCGCCGACCCGAGACCCGAAUCGGCGGCCCUGCCGUCGCCGGCGCCCCCCACAACCUCCCUCGCGACGCAGCCCCCUCCUCGGUCGCCGACGGGCUCAAGGACGACCGCGAUGACACUUCUGGCCUGCUCGACGCAGCCUUGUUUCCCUCGCUCCACGACGCGCCCCUGAGCGUCGACCAGAUGAAGGUCGACGACCCGCUCGCCACCCAGGUCUGGAAGUUCUUCAAGACCACCAAGGAGCGGCUCCCCAACCAGCGGCGCAUGGAGAACCUGACCUGGCGUAUGAUGGCACUCUCCAUGCGCAAGAAGACGCAGUCGGAAGAACAGCGGGCGGACCAGGAGACGCUUGGGAAACCGGAAAACAGGCCCGCCCGACAUUCGUCCCAGAAUGCGCCGAGCGGAAUUGCGCAGCUGCGCAAGACGUCCGAGUACAAUGACGGCGGCCUAGAGUCCAUGAACGUCGACGACUUCCUCGAGACCGGCGCCCCCAUCCGCUUCAUGUCUCCCCCGCCUUCCGAGUUCGCCAACGACCCAUCGAGACCGUCGUUCAUCCCCAUCAAAUCACGCCGAGAGUCCGACAACACCUGUUUUGUCCCUCAGUCCGUGCCUCACACUCAGCGGGGUCGGGAUGACGAGUUUGGCUAUGUCACUCGCCAUCUUCGCAAAACGAGCAUCGAUGAGCGUCGGAGUCGAAAGCGCCCCGCCGAUUUCUCUCCUACCAUGGCCGCCGUCGACAGGGGCACCCUGAACCACGACGUCGACAUCCCGCUCCCGGCCUUCUCUCUCGAUGGCACCUCCCCCAUCGCCAUGCAGCAGCAGGCAAUCGCCAGCGGCAACUCCAGCAUGCUUUUCAACCUGGACACCUUCAUGGACGACCCCGUCGCCGGUUCGACCGGGCCUGUUCCGCAGCACUUCUCCUUCUCUCCCUCGUCGUCCCCCAUGAUACCCACCGGCGCCUUUUCUUCCAUGUACAACAACCCUUCCGCCGCCCCUAUGAAUUACGCCGCCAACCUCUAUUCUCCUUCCGGAUCCGCAUUUCAGUCGACAAACUCGACCCCGCUUCCUUUGAUGGAAAAUGACGCCUUCUACUUCGCUUCGCAGGCUGUUGGGCAGCAGCAGUCGUCAGCCUACCGUCAGCCUGACUCGCAGAACAUGGGGACCUCCGUGGAUCAGAGCCAGCAGUUCAUGUACAGCAACGCAAGCGGCGGAAGCGGCAUGUACAUGCCCACCGUGGCCGAAUCCGCCACGACCGUCUCGGCCUACGGCACCGCGCCGAGCUCCUUUUCCCACAUCGACCCCGCCCAGGUGUUCCGGCCCGACAACCAGAGCGCGAACCCCAGCGUGUCCGUGCGCCAGGACACGAGCAUGUUCUCUUUCGGCGCUGACUCGGACGAGGACGAAUCGAACAUGACCGACGACCGCGUCAUGCCGAUGCAAAGCGACUACUUGCCAGCCGUAGACGAAGCCGGCUCCGGCUCCAUGGGAUGGGAUGCCUCUCUUCCUGGCCAGUUCAGCACCCGAGCCGCGCGCUUCCCGGGUGGGCCGCCGCGGAAGCAAGUGACCAUCGGCGGAAGCACAACCGAGUACGUCGAGAGCAGUGGCGAACGGGAUGGCAAUGCCCUCGCUCGAUCUCGCUCGCAGUCCUUCCGCCAGAAAGACGACGCUCAGCAGAAGAUUCCCCGGAAUGCCUCGACCCCUUCGCAUCUGGCAACGACGCACGGCACCUCGGAGCAGAUGGCCCAGUCGCUGCCAACCUCGCCUGGGGGUGAUGUGCCGGCCGCCAAGUCUGGCCACUCCUCUGCGGCCGCCAGCCGUGCGACCUCGCCGCUCGUCCCCAAGCGCACCUCUUCGACCAAUCUGCCGCCUGCAGGAGGGAACCAGGAGGGUUCGUCGACGACCAGCUGCACCAACUGCUUCACCCAGACGACUCCGCUGUGGCGACGCAAUCCGGAAGGCCAACCUCUAUGCAACGCCUGCGGCCUCUUCCUGAAGCUGCACGGUGUUGUCCGGCCCCUGAGCUUGAAAACUGAUUUCAUCAAGAAGAGAAACCGUGGCACGGGCGGCAACAGCUCCCUUGGGUCCGGCGGCAAGUCGAGGAAAAACAACAUGGCGUCCAGUGCGGGCGUCGCACCCCGAAAGGGCUCUUCGCUUCACAUGUCGACCACGGGCGCCGCGUCCAAGAACGCCAGCCAGCCGGGCACGACCUCGCCACCUUCGAGAAGGGUCAUGGGUCAUCCCAUUUCAGGAACCAGCAAGGCUGGCGGCACGCCAGCCGCCCAGUUUGGUAACCUGGCAUCAGCUGCUGGUACCGCCGGUGUGAAAGGCGCCGUUCCCAUCGCCGCGGCCCCCUUCAAGCCUAAUCCUGGGCCUGGUGCUUCGUCUGCUUCUCAUACGCCGACCGCCUCGUCCUCGUCGAAGCGGCAGCGAAGAAAUGACGAGAACACGGGGUCCGAUGCCUCCACGCGGAUGGACGUCAACGCCUCCGGCGAGACGGUCAUCCCUCAAACCAUCGCCCGCUCGUUCGGCCACCCGUCCAACAUUGGCUCCAUAUCUGGCACCCUCAUGUCCAGCUCCUUCGGCGUUAGCCAGGACUCGCCGAUUUCGCCUGACGGCGUGAGCCACGGCUCGCCGAUCUCGUCCAACAGCGUCAUGCCCAUGGCCCCCCACCGACCCAAUACAGGAGCCUCGACAAGACCACAGGAGUGGGAAUGGCUAACCAUGAGCCUUUGA